GAGAUCGAGGAUGACACCGGGCUAGCGUGGUUGACAUUGAACCGCCCAGAGAAGUUGAACGCUCUUCACGUCCCAGCUGUACGAGAACUGCGGGAAGCGUUGCGGCGGAUAGCUGCGAGCUCUGCGAAGGCGUUGCUGCUCGUGGCGUCUGGGCGCGGCUUUUGCGCAGGGGCGGAUCUGAAUCUCAAAGCCUUCUCUGAUGCGCCCACCGCGCCUGCGAAAGCUCCGGCGAAGCCCGACAACUCCAUGCAGGAGGCGUGGAAUCCUUUUAUCGAGGAGCUGCGCAGCUUUCCGAAGCCGACGCUGGCCGUGGUACAGGGUCCAACGGCUGGAGGUGGAGUCGGUGUGGCUCUAGCGACCGACAUCACCAUUGCCGCCCGGUCGGCGUACUUUGUGCUGACUUUCACCCCGACUUUG